AUGUCAACGACCGACGCUAAUUCGCACCCCAGCACGGAGUCUCCUCGUACCACCACGGACUCGACUGUCAAAGAAUCACUCAGCCUUCCUUACAACCCUGUUCCCCCACCUCAUGGACCCGGUCGCCGCUAUAUCUUUGGAGUUUACAUCCCAAGCAACGUUCUCGAUAAGAGAUGGCACGAACUCAUGCCAGCUGCGGUCAAAUACCCCAGCGAAAAGUCCCUACCAAACGCCAGAAUUGUGUUCGCGAUGAGGUUUCCCGGGUGGGCAUCGUAUCGUCACCCUGAAAUCCAACCAACGCACGAUUGUGCACGGCUCUGCUGUUUGAAGCACAAACGUGACCUUCCCAUCUUCCCGCUUGCAGAUACAGGUCUUCCUCCGCCUUAUAAUCAACCUCCUCCUCUUGAAAUAGUUGAGAAGGUGGUUGAGCUUUGCGGUAUGACGAUGAUGUUCGCCACUUGGUGGCGGCUUGAGUCAGAGGACUAG